AUGUGGAAAUGCGUAAUUAGCCGCCGUCGGCUACGAGAGUCGUUCUUGACGCGAGAUCGAGAUCUGACGGAUUUGGCCUGCCGUCGUCGAAUACUUGUGCACUGCUUGUUUAAUCGAUACGCUAGACUUAACAUUUUGCUGGAAUACUGGAAAAAAUUUUUUUCUAGGUUUUAUUCGCACAAAAUCGUACUGGUUAAAUGCAGUGAAGUGUUUGAGCGCAUGCUUAGUAAAGAAUGGAACGGCAAUAAGAAGGAAAUACAACUGAAAGAAGAUGCCGGCUGCAGUCGAGUUUUCUCAGCGUUCCUGCGUUUCCUUUAUUGUAACCAUAUAGUACUCCAUCAGGAAAACGCUCUUCCAGUCUUAACGUUGGCCGACAAGUACAACGUCACAAGUUUACGGAAAGUAGCGCUCGAUUACGCCGUAACUCAUAUAAUACCACAGUUACAGCUAAAGGAAAUUUUCCAUUCUUGGUUUCAAUAUGGAACAAAGUGUUUCCAUCAGUUGUUAGCCAGUCAUUGCGUCGAAAUUCUGGCAAGCAGUUUCCAGGACAUUAUUUCAUGCCCAGAAUGGGAGAAAGAGUGGCUGUCCCUGGACAGGGAACAGCUGGCAGAGUUUCUGAAGAGUUCGGAUCUGGUGGUCGUUAGUGAGUACGAACUGUGGCUGGCGGUCUUUAGAUGGCUGCAGCACUCGGCCCAUCUUGAUCGACGCGGCGCCAACACCAUGGAGAAGAACCUGAUUUACAUUUUACCGUUAAUUAGAUUUCCGAUGAUGACCGCCGACGAACUGUGCCAGGUCGAGAAGUGUCCCAUCGUCGAGCAGUAUCCGAAACUGUUUCAGCCCUUCUUAUAUACAGCAUACAAAUUCCGUUCCUUGCCAUUGAGCAGCAGAAUGAAUUGUCGCGAAUUCACUGGAAGCCAGUUUCUGCUGCGAAACUAUUCCGGCCUGCGAUGGGACAAGCGGUUGGUCAUCCAGGACUUCUCGUCAAUCGCACGAUACACAGAGAUUUCGCUGAAAGUAAGGCCUUUCCUUCGCGAUGAGGAUGUUAGGUACGCGGCUCGUUUUGCGCAGAUCAACACCUGCGGCAGCACGAUUCCACCGCAGCCCUGGGACUGGGAGCUGAAACUGCACCCGAAAGGGUUCUCCGGAAAUUGUGACGAGUUCCGCUGCUUCCUUGUCUCUAACGUCAUCCUCGACCAGACACGAGCCGUCGAAUACCUGUUGUCCAUUGUCGAUGACAAGAAGGUGCUCCGGAGCGUGACGGGAAAGAAAGUUUUCUCCAAAUCCCGGUACGGAUCAGACCUGGAGAUGGAGAAGAAAGUUAGCUUAGACGAAAUAUUCAUGGAAAACUCGCCAUUGCUAAUCAAUGACUCAAUGAUUCUUCAGUUUACCUUGCGACCAAUCGAAUAG